CUGAGGCUGAUAAAGGAUCCAGCCUCAGUGGAUUUGGGCACGUUUGCGCUGAGUUACAGGCCAGUUUGAACCAAGACCGCUUCCUUGCAGUGAUGGGUUGCUACGAGUGCUGCAUGCGGUGUCUAGGAGGGGUGCCCUACAUCUCCCUAGUGGCCACUCUGCUCUGCUUUUCGGGCAUCGCGCUGUUCUGCGGCUGUGGACACCAGGCGCUCACUGAGACCGAAAGGCUAAUCGAAAACUACUUUGCCCGCAACCUGCAAGACUACAUUACCCUAGCCUACCUUAUCGAGUAUUUCCAGUACAUUAUCUACGGCCUGGCCACCUUCUUCUUCCUCUACUGCAUUGCACUGCUAGCUGAGGGCUUUUAUACCACCAGUGCGGCCAGGCAGACGUUUGGGGAGUUCAGGAGCACCGUGUGCGGCCGCUGCCUCAGCACCACGUUCAUCGUGAUCACAUAUUUCCUGGCCGUCGUGUGGCUGCUGGUCUUUGCCCUCUCGGCUCUUCCCGUCUACUUCUUUUACAACAUGGCCACCACCUGCCGCACCAUCGACGUCCUCUCAGAGACGCCCUCCAGCAUCAACCAGCUGUGCGUGGAUGCCAGACAGUAUGGUUUGCUUCCAUGGAACGCGGUGCCGGGGAAAGCUUGUGGGAUGACCCUGUCCAACGUGUGCAAAACAAGGGAGUUUUUCCUGACCUAUGAUCUCUACAUCGCCGCCUUCGCUGGAGCUGGGAUCACAUUAUUGGCCCUGCUCACCUAUGUGGUCUCCACUACUUAUAACUUUGCCGUGCUGCGCUAUCUGGGGAGGAAAGGCUUAGGACCACGGUGUUAGGCUUCCUGUCCUGUCCUGCAGUCCACACUGUCCACUCUGUUACCAACAACAAUGCACACCAUGGGACACUUGAAGAAAUCCUUUCCCCAACCUGUUCAGCGACGCAGUAUUAUCUCUGUUUAAAACUUUGGAGAAACCUUUCCUUCAAAAUGGACAUUUUAAAGCUACCCACUUGAGUGUAUGUCCAGCAGGUGGUGCUGUGGUUCUGAACCAUUGAGCCUUGUUUUGAAAGUUCUGAAAAAUGUCUAAUAAUUAACACUGCUUUAUUAUUUACACUGUUACAUGCAUAAGUUUGACCACCUCUGGCCAGAUUACAUGUUUUGUUGAAGUGAAACUAAGUAAACGCACUCAUGCUACAGGGAACUGAAAUAUGGCAUUCUUCUGCGACUUUUUAAGUGCAUAGUUUCUGUUUUUGUGGUUUAACAUAUUGGAAAAACUAAAACACAACAUUAAAUGUGCCAUUUCUUCACAUUUCACAUUUUUCACAAUUUUUG